AUGGCAACCCGAAGCGAAGUUCUCGAGGCCUGCACCGAUCAGCCGGCCGAAGCGGUCCUCGCGCUCGCGCAGACAUGCGCCGCCGCCGAUCGGCCGACGGAAAUGCAGAUGGCCUACCAGGCAGUCAAGCACGGCAACGUCGCUCUGCUCCGCUGGCUGCUGCACAACGCCACCACGCCCGUGUCGCGCGGCAUCCUGCUCCUCGAGGCGGCCAGCGCGCGCUCGCAGCCGUGCAUGCAAGCCAUCCUCGACCUGGGCCUGGACAUCAACCUAGCCAACGACCCGACGGGCCUGCGCCCUUCGACGGAUCGCGUCGGCGGCGUCCUGCACCGCGCCCUGCGCAGCCCGCGCUGUCCGCCCGACUUUUUCGCCUGGCUGCUCGAGCGCGGCGCCGACCCGAACGCCGUCGAGACCGGCGCCCAGCGCCACAUCCUUAUCUACGCCAUGGCGCACGGCGACGACGACACGGCCAUGCCCAUCGUGAAGCUACUUAUCGCCUACGGCGCCGACGUAAACCGUGCUAAGGCCCUACAUUACGUCGCCUCGGUUAACGAUAUUAAGAAGGCGAGGUUCCUUAUCGAAGAGGCCGGCGCGAACGUCGAUGAGCCCGGCAUCCCUGAAAAGGAUUUCUACUGGGAGCGAGGGCCUGGCACUCCAUUACAUACCGCUGUGGCGAGAGGCUACUCUAGUAUUACUGGCUACCUUUUAAAGCAAGGCGCUAGUCUAGAUACUAGAGACGCGAUUAAGGGUAUGACUCCAUUAGAGGUGGCUGAGGAUCGUUGGGGGCCGCGAAGUGUCAUCACUGUCUUAAAGUUAUGGCGUAAGAAACGUCAGAAUAAUGAACCUAGUACGUAG